AUGGCCAACGUGUGCCCUCAACGAUACCAGCCACAACCACCUCGACAGCAGCAACCGCAGCCUCAACAACAACAGCAACAGGUCCAAGAACCCGCUAGAGGUCGAGCUUUCCUUCUCACCACUGCUCAGGCUCAAAACGCGAACGACGUCAUUACUGGUGAAGAUUAUGAUGUCCUUGAGCCAUUGAAGCAUGAUUUGGCUCACUGGUUUGCGAUGAAUGAUUUGGGCUUGCUACGAUAUUUUUUGGGAAUUGUUUUGGCUCAGUCUAAAAAAGGAUACAUUCUUUCUCAGACAAAAUAUUUAUCUGAUUCGUUUAAGUGGGCACGACUUACUAAUAACAGAACUAUAGACACCCCUCUUAAGACCAAUGCAUGUUUUUCUCCUACUAAUGGUGUUCCUUUAUCUGAUCUGAGCCUACAUCAUACUAUUGUAGGUUGUUUGGUUUAUCUUACACUUAAUCGCCCAGAUAUAACUCUUGUUGUUCAUGUGGUUAGUCAAUUUUUCACUGCUCCUACUUCUAUUCACAGGGGUGUUGUUCUUCGUAUUCUAAGAUAUACCCGUGGCAUUCGGUUUCAGACUCUCUUGUUUCCUUCAACAUCUUCUCUAGAUUUGCGUGCAUAUAGCGAUGCUAAUUGGGAUAGCAAUCCUAAUGAUCGUAAAUCCACUACUGGUUUUUAUGUUUUCAUUGGAGAUUUGUUAAUCUCAUAG